AAGUAAGUCCAGCCCACACACUCAAGAAGUGGGAUUCAAGCUCUACCUCCUGGAGGAAGCAGUAUCACAGAUUUUGUGGCCAUAUGUUAAAACCGCCACUAUAUUAAAUAUUUGGGGGGAGAUAACUUGAGUCUGUGAAAGUAUUGUUUCUUCUUAAAGUUUCACCCAUUGCUUUUAAACUUUAUCACCAACAAUUUUUAAAAUAAUCUAUCAGCUGGUAACUCAAUUAUGUCCUCCUUCAAUUUUGUUGAAAGCAAAUACUUGGGAACCAAUUGCAAAAUCCAAAUAUCUACAUAUUUCCAAGUGUUCUUGUGUCUGGAAUCCCAUAGGUUUGUACACCCUCGGGCAGUACAUCAUAGAUCUGAUUCAGGAUUGGAGAGAGGUAUGCCCUUCUUUUGUAAAAUGGGAGAAAAGUGUGUCCUUAGGCAACCUUGGAAAAAUCAGGAUGUACACAUUGAUUUCCUGAAAACUGUCCUGGUCUGAAUACUUCAUGAGGUUAGUAUUCUCGAGUUUGAAGACAUGGCUCUAAAUGAUUCUACUCCAGUGAUUUCACCUACCAAUACUGCCGUUUAUUCCUCGAGUUCUUACCUUUUGUCGAUACCUGUUCCUUUCUCCAAGGCAAAUCUUUCAACCAGUAAGUUCUCUAGCAACUUGGCUUCCUAAUUUGGGCUUCAUUUUCUUCCUCUUACAAUAUUAAGCGGCUUGCAGCUUCCAGAACACACACUGCUGCUUACCUCUACCACCUGGAUAUUCCAUCCAUAUCCCCUCUCCGCCUCGCCCUGUGUAGCUGGGGCUCUGGAUUCACAGUCUAGGCUAGAUGGCCACUUGAAAACGUGCUCCAAGUGGCAGAUCUCGAGGGCUGUAGAGCGACCUGCUUCUGGGGCGGGGCAGUGAGUGCUAGCUAGCUAGCGUUUGUAGACGUUUUCCACAUUUCACGGUGAGGAAUGUUUGCCGCACAGCACAACCUUCAGAGUCCGUAGGCACCCAGCGCUCUCAAGGCGCCUCGUCUGCGCGGUGAUUUCCAGUGUCCAGCCCUGAAAUGCAGUAAGUCCUAGAGAAAAGCCAACUAGUACUCUUGCCUCCAACGCCUUCACCCGGAGCAGUCCAAACUCAGAGACCCCGCCCGCCUCGGCCUGCCCGCCCCACCUUAAAGUGGGCUGGGAGUGCCCGUUCCUCAGGCAGGCUGUGGACCCAUCAAGGGCCUUUACUGUUUGAAGAUUACAAAGCCAGGCGGCAACUCACGCGAGACGGAGAUAGUAUUCUCGCGAGAACUCUGGGAGGCGGCAGUGAUGGCGGCGGCGGGAACCGGACCCGGACCCGGAGUGGAUGCAGGACCCGGCCCAGCCGCGGCCGCAAAUGCAACAGCGGCGGAAGAAGGGGAGACAAAACCGGUGGUAGCGGUGGCAACUGCCCCGGCUGGAGAGGGGACAUCUGUUGCUCCAGCAGCGGAACCCGGUUCUGGAGAGGCAGAAAGCGGGGAUGCAAAUUCAGUCGACGUAGGUGGUGGUUUGGAGACAGAAUCCUCUAAUGGAAAAGAUACACUAACACAGGAAGGUGCUGGGGAUACUUCAGAAGUGAUGGAUACUCAGGCUGGAUCGGUGGAUGAAGAGAAUGGUCGACAGUUGGGAGAGGUAGAGCUGCAGUGUGGGAUAUGUACGAAAUGGUUCACAGCUGACACCUUUGGCAUAGAUACCUCAUCCUGUCUACCUUUCAUGACCAACUAUAGUUUUCACUGCAAUGUGUGCCAUCAUAGUGGGAAUACCUAUUUCCUCCGGAAGCAAGCAAACUUGAAGGAAAUGUGCCUUAGUGCUUUGGCCAAUCUAACAUGGCAGUCCCGAACACAGGAUGAACAUCCGAAAACCAUGUUCUCCAAAGAUAAGGAUAUCAUACCAUUUAUUGAUAAAUACUGGGAGUGCAUGACGACCAGACAGAGACCUGGGAAAAUGACUUGGCCAAAUAACAUUGUUAAAACAAUGAGUAAAGAAAGAGAUGUAUUCUUAGUAAAGGAACAUCCUGAUCCCGGGAGUAAGGACCCAGAAGAAGAUUACCCCAAAUUUGGACUUUUGGAUCAGGAUCUUAGUAACAUUGGUCCUGCUUAUGACAACCAAAAACAAAGCAGUGCUGUGUCUACAAGUGGGAAUCUAAAUGGGGGAAUUGCAGCAGGAAGCAGUGGAAAAGGAAGAGGAGCCAAGCGCAAGCAGCAGGACGGAGGGACCACAGGGACCACCAAGAAGGCCCGGAGUGACCCUUUGUUUUCUGCUCAGCGCCUUCCCCCUCAUGGCUACCCCUUGGAACACCCGUUUAACAAAGAUGGCUAUCGGUAUAUUCUAGCUGAGCCUGAUCCCCAUGCCCCUGACCCUGAGAAGCUUGAACUUGACUGCUGGGCAGGAAAACCUAUUCCUGGAGACCUCUACAGAGCCUGCUUGUAUGAACGUGUUUUGUUAGCCCUACAUGAUCGAGCUCCCCAGCUAAAGAUCUCCGAUGACCGGCUCACUGUGGUUGGAGAGAAGGGCUACUCCAUGGUCCGGGCUUCUCAUGGGGUCCGGAAAGGCGCCUGGUACUUUGAAAUCACAGUGGAUGAGAUGCCGCCGGACACUGCUGCCAGACUGGGGUGGUCCCAACCCUUAGGUAACCUUCAAGCUCCCUUAGGUUAUGAUAAAUUUAGCUAUUCGUGGCGGAGCAAAAAAGGAACCAAGUUCCACCAGUCAAUUGGCAAACACUACUCUUCUGGCUAUGGACAGGGAGACGUCCUGGGAUUCUAUAUCAAUCUUCCUGAAGACACAGAGACAGCCAAGUCACUGCCUGAUACUUAUAAAGAUAAGGCUUUGAUAAAGUUCAAGAGUUAUUUGUAUUUUGAGGAAAAAGACUUUGUGGAUAAAGCAGAGAAGAGCCUAAAGCAGACUCCCCAUAGUGAGAUAAUAUUUUAUAAAAACGGUGUCAAUCAAGGUGUGGCCUACAAAGAUAUUUUUGAGGGGGUUUAUUUUCCGGCCAUCUCACUGUAUAAGAGUUGCACGGUUUCCAUUAACUUUGGACCAUGCUUCAAGUAUCCUCCAAAGGAUCUCACUUACCGCCCUAUGAGUGACAUGGGCUGGGGCGCUGUGGUAGAACAUACUCUGGCUGAUGUCUUAUAUCAUGUGGAAACAGAGGUGGAUGGGAGGCGGAGUCCGCCAUGGGAACCCUGACCAGGUCCCUCUUUGCAGACAUGGACUUUCUGGGGAAUAAAUUGGGGAGGGGGGCCUGUUUUUGUUUUUUAACUGUUGCAAACGUUCUCCCAAAGAUACUGCAGAACACAGCCUCUGCUGUUAGCAAGUUAAAAGUGUGGGUGAGCCUGGGAGAGACUCCCUCCCCUUCAACACUCUCCCACUUCUGGUGACUGCUUCUGUUUUGUGUGCCAUACGCCAACAACCGCUGACCCUAGGAUCCCAUGCGCUCCCUGUGAAACUGGUGCUGUACCAUGUGUCCCACCAACUGGGACUUGAUACCUUACUGUAUUUUCUACAGAGUGAAUCAUCUUGUCCAAGUAGCUAAUUUAUUUAAAGACAUUUCCUUUUGUGGCAUUGACUUCAUCCAUCUGAUUUCCAAGGAAGUAAUAGGCCUGUUUCUGAGAACAGCUGAAACCAGUGGCUGUACAUUCCAGAUCUAAAAGGUCUUUCCUUUUGGUGUGGGUUUUUAUUCAUUUUGAAACAUUUUUGAACACUGGGGUCUCUGAAACUACUAGGUCUCUAGAACUGUAAUUGUAAAAAGAACUUGCUUGCAGCUUUAACAAUUAGAAACCCUUCCCAAAUAAAACUUGUCUUCAAGUGUG